GAAACGUAGCCUUUCCUGGCAUCCGGGUCCUUGUUCGGCUUUGGCUGAGUGGGGAAUGGUGUCUCAUAGCAGCCGCCGCGGCUUUUACUUGUCCUCGACGUGGCGGGAUCCAGAGUCGUCGUGGAGCUGCCCUAAGGAGCGGUCGGGACAGCGGCAGGGCGCAGCGUGGUGCUUGUGAUAGUUGUGGGACUGCCGCUUGUUGCCAAGCUUGGUCUAGUGGGUGAGCUGCGUGAGCUGCGAGUCUGCUCUCCCAGGAGGUGGAGCAAAAUAAAAGGAUUCAAGAUGCCACCUAAUAUAGACUUCAAAGAACUAAUCAAGGUUGAUCCAGAUGAACUGCCUCGUCAGGAAGAAUUGGCAGAUAAUUUAUUGAUUUCCUUAUCCAAGGUGGAAGCAAAUGACUUAAAAAAUGAAAAUCAAGAAAAUGUGAUACAUCUUUUCAGGAUUACUCAGUCAUUAAUGAAGAUGAAAGCUCAAGAAGUAGAGCUAGCUUUGGAAGAAGUUGAAAAAGCAGGAGAAGAACAAGCAAAAUUUGAAAAUCAACUAAAAACGAAAGUAAUGAAACUAGAAAAUGAACUGGAGAUGGCCCAGCAGACUACAGGUGGAAGGGACACUCGGUUUUUACGUGAUGAAAUUCGCCAACUGGAAAAGCAGUUGGAACAAAAAGACAGAGAAUUGGAGGACAUAGAAAAGGAUUUAAAUAAAGAGAAGAAAGUUAAUGAACAGUUGGCUCUUCGAAAUGAGGAGGCAGAAAAUGAAAACAGCAAAUUAAGAAGAGAGAAUGAACAGCUUCGUCAGGAUAUUAUUGACUACCAGAAACAAAUAGAUUCUCAAAAAGAAUCGCUUCUAUCAAGAAGAGGAGAAGAUAGUGACUACCGAUCACAAUUGUCUAAAAAAAACUAUGAGCUUGUUCAAUAUCUGGAUGAAAUACAGACUUUAACAGAAGCUAAUGAGAAAAUUGAAGUUCAGAAUCAAGAAAUGAGAAAAAAUCUAGAAGAGUCUGUACAGGAAAUGGAGAAGAUGACUGACGAAUAUAAUAGGAUGAAGGCUGUUGUGCAUCAGACAGAUAAUAUGAUGGACCAGUUAAAAAAAGAGAAUGAUCACUAUCGACUUCAAGUUCAGGAGCUUACAGAUCUUCUGAAAGCAAAAAAUGAAGAAGAUGAUCCAAUCAUGGUAGCUGUGAAUGCCAAAGUAGAAGAAUGGAAGUUAAUUUUGUCCACUAAAGAUGAUGAGAUUAUUGAAUAUCAGCAAACAUUACAUAAUCUGAGGGAGAAACUUAAAAAUGCCCAGCUUGAUGCUGAUAAAAGUAACAUUAUGGCUCUGCAACAGGGUGUACACAAAAGAGAUGAUCAAAUUAAGAUGCUCACUGAACAAGUAGAACAGUAUACAAAAGAAAUGGAAAAAAAUACUUUUAUUAUUGAAGAUUUGAAAAAUGAGCUCCAAAGAAACAAAGGUACUUCAACUCUUUCUCAACAGACUCAUUAUAUGAAAAUUCAGUCAAAGUUGCAAGUUUUACAAGAGAAAACUAAAGAGGCAGAGAGAACAGCUGAGCUGGCAGAGGGGGAUGCUAGGGCAAAGGAUAAAGAAUUAAUUGAGGCUCUGAAGCGAUUAAAAGAUUAUGAAUCGGGAGUAUAUGGUUUAGAAGAUGCUGUUAUUGAAAUAAAGAAUUGUAAAAACCAAAUUAAAAUAAGAGAUCGAGAGAUUGAAGUAUUAACUAAGGAGAUCAAUAAACUUGAGUUGAAGAUCAAUGAUUUCCUUGAUGAAAAUGAAGCAUUGAGAGAGCGUAUGGGCCUUGAACCGAAGACGAUGAUUGAUUUAACUGAAUUUAGAAAUAGUAAACGCUUAAAACAGCAGCAGUAUAGAGCUGAAAACCAGAUUCUUUUGAAAGAGAUUGAAAGUUUAGAGGAAGAACGACUUAGCCUGAAAAGAAAAAUUCGUCAAAUGGCUCAGGAAAGAGGAAAAGGAAAUACAACUUCAGGAUUAACCACUGAAAAUCUGAAUUUAACUGAACACUUUAUUCAAGAACAUAGAACAGGAGAACAAAAACUGAAUUUUGUCAGCCUCAGUAUGAGUGAAGCACAAUCAAAGAAUGAAUUUCUUUCAAGAGAACUAAUUGAAAAAGGAAGAGAUUUAGAAAGAAGUAAGACAGUAAUAACUAAAUUUCAAAAUAGAUUAAAAGAAUUAGUAGAAGAAAAUAAACAGCUUGAAGAAGGUAUGAAAGAAAUAUUGCAAGCUAUCAAGGAAAUGCAGAAAGAUCCUGAUAUUAAGGGAGGAGAAACAUCUUUAAUUAUCCCUAGUCUUGAAAGACUAGUUAAUGCUAUAGAAUCAAAGAAUGCGGAAGGAAUCUUUGAUGCCAGUCUGCAUUUGAAAGCCCAAGUUGAUCAACUUACUGGAAGGAAUGAAGAAUUAAGACAAGAGCUUAAGGAAUCUCGGAAAGAAGCUAUGGAUUACUCACAGCAGUUGGCAAAAGCAAAUUUAAAGAUAGAUCAUCUUGAGAAAGAAACCAGUCUUCUAAGGCAAUCGGAAGGAUCUCAUGUUGUUUUUAAAGGGUUAGACUUACCGGAUGGGGUCGCACCAUCAAGUGCUAGCAUCAUUAAUUCUCAGAACGAGUAUUUAAUACAUCUCUUACAGGAACUAGAAAAUAAAGAAAAGAAGCUAAAGAAUUUAGAAGAUUCUCUUGAAGACUAUAAUAGGAAAUUUGCAGUAAUUCGUCAUCAACAAAGCUUAUUAUAUAAAGAAUAUCUGAGUGAAAAGGAGAACUGGAAAACAGAAUCUGAAACAAUAAAAGAUAAAAAGAGAAAACUUGAGGAUCAAAUCCAACAAGAUGCUAUAAAAGUAAAAGAAUAUAACAAUUUGCUCAAUGCUCUUCAGAUGGAUUCAGAUGAAAUGAAAAAAACACUUUCAGAAAAUAGUAGAAAAAUCACUGUCUUGCAAGUGAAUGAAAAGUUACUUAUAAGGCAAUAUACAGCUUUAGUAGAAAUGGAACGACAACUUAGAAAAGAAAAUGGAAAACAAAAGAAAGACUUGAUGUCAAUGGAGGCCGAAGUUUGUGAAAAAAUUGGAUGUUUACAAAGAUUUAAGGAAAUGGCCAUUUUCAAGAUUGCAGCUCUCCAAAAGGUUAUAGAUAAUAGUGUUUCUUUGUCUGAACUAGAACUGGCCAAUAAACAAUAUAAUGAACUGACUGCUAAAUACAGGGACAUCUUGCAAAAAGAUAAUAUGCUUGUUCAAAGAGCAAAUAACUUGGAACACCUAGAGUGUGAAAAUGCAUCCUUAAAAGAACAGAUUGAUUCUCUAAAUAAAGAACUGGAGAUUACCAAGGAAAAACUUCAUACUAUUGAACAAGCCUGGGAACAAGAUACUCAAUUAAGAAAUGAAUCUAACAUGGAUAAGGCAAAGAAAUCAAUAACCAACAGUGACAUUAUUUCUAUUUCAAAAAAAAUCACUAUGUUGGAAAUGAAGGAAUUAAAUGAAAGGCAGCGGGCUGAACAUUGUCAGAAAAUGUAUGAACACUUAAGGACUUCAUUAAAGCAAAUAGAAGAACGUAAUUUUGAAUUGGAAACCAAAUUUGCUGAGCUUACCAAAAUCAACUUGGAUGCACAGAAGGUGGAACAAAUGUUAAGAGAUGAAUUAGCUGACAGCGUGAGCAAGCCUGUGAGUGAUGCUGAUAGGCAACGCAUUCUAGAAUUAGAGAAAAGUGAAAUGGAACUGAAAGUUGAAGUGUCAAAACUGAGAGAGAUUUCUGAUAUUGCCAAAAGACAAGUUGAAAUUUUGCAUACACAGCAACAAUCCAGAGAGAAGGAGGUAGAAUCACUCAGAAUGCAGCUGCUAGACUAUCAGGCACAAUCUGACGAAAAGGCACUGAUUGCAAAAUUGCAUCAACAUAUUGUCACUCUUCAAGUUAGCGAGGCGGCUGCUUUUGGGAAGUUGGAGUCAGUAACAUCCAAGCUACAGAAGCUGGAGGCCUACAAUUUGCGCUUAGAGCAGAAACUGGACGAAAAAGAGCAGGCUCUCUAUUAUGCUCGUUUGGAGGGGAGAAACAAAGCAAAACAUCUGCGCCAAACAAUUCAGUCUCUGCGAAGACAGUUCAGUGGGGCUUUACCUUUGGCACAACAGGAGAAAUUCUCUAAAACCAUGAUUCAACUGCAAAAUGACAAACUUAAAAUAAUGCAAGAAAUGAAAAAUUCUCAGCAACAACAUAGAAAUAUGGAGAACAAAACAUUGGAGUUGGAAUUAAAGUUAAAGGGUCUAGAGGAGUUAAUAAGCACGUUAAAGGAUGCCAGGGGAGCGCAAAAGGUAAUCAGUUGGCAUAUGAAAAUAGAAGAACUUCGUCUUCAAGAGUUUAAACUAAAUCGAGAAUUAAUCAGAGAUAAAGAAGAAAUAAAAUAUUUGAAUAAUAUAAUAUCAGAAUAUGAACAUACAAUCAGCAACCUGGAAGAAGAAAUUGUUCAACAGAACAAGUUUCAUGAAGAACGACAAAUGGCCUGGGAUCAAAGAGAAGUUGAGCUGGAACGUCAACUUGAUAUUUUUGAGCAUCAGCAAAAUGAAAUCAUAAAUGCAGCACAAAAGUUUGAGGAGGCUACAGGAUCAAUGCCAGACCCUAGUCUGCCCCUUCCAAAUCAGCUGGAGUUUGCUUUAAGAAAACUCAAGGAGAAUAUUCGAGUCAUCCUAGAAACACAGGCAACUUGCAAAGCACUAGAAGAGAAACUAAAAGAAAAAGAAUCUGCUUUACGGUUAGCAGAGCAAAAUAUUCUGUCAAGAGACAGAGUAAUCACUGAACUGAGGCUUCGAUUACCUGCCACUGCAGAACGAGAAAAGCUUAUAGCUGAACUAGGCAGAAAGGAGGUGGAGCCAACAUCUCAUCAUGCAAUGAAAAUUGCUCAUCAAACCAUUGCAAACAUGCAAGCAAGGUUAAAUCAAAAGGAAGAGGUAUUGAAGAAAUACCAGCGUCUUCUAGAAAAAGCCAGAGAGGAGCAAAGAGAAAUUGUUAAGAAACAUGAAGAAGAUCUUCAUAGUCUUCAUCAUAAAUUAGAACUACAGGCUGACAGCUCACUCAAUAAAUUCAAACAAACAGCUUGGGAUUUAAUAAAACAAUCUCCUGCUACAGUUCCUACCAACAAGCACUUUAUUCGUCUAGCUGAGAUGGAACAGACAGUUGCAGAACAAGAUUACUCUCUCUCUGAACUUUUAAGCAAACUAAAGAAAGUAUCACAAGAGUUAGAGAGGCAAAAAGAAAUCACGGAAUUAAAAAUCAAAGAAUUUGAAAAUAUGAAAUUACGGCUCCAAGAAAACCAUGAAGGUGAAGUGAAAAAAAUGAAAACAGAAAUAGAAGAUUUAAGAUGCCUUCUGGCCCAGUCACAAAAGGAAUCACAGAGUUUAAAGUCUGAACUGCAAGCUCAAAAAGAAGCAAAUUCAAGAGCUCCAACAACUACAAUGAGAAAUCUAGUAGAUCGGCUAAAGAGCCAGUUGUCCUUGAAAGAAAAACAACAAAAAGCACUUAGUCGAGCACUUUUGGAACUCCGGGCAGAAAUGACAGCAGCAGCAGAAGAACACAUCAUUUCUGUAACUUCUCAGAAAGAGGCAAAUCUCAAUGUUCAGCAGAUUGUCGAUAGACAAACUAGAGAGCUGAAGUCACAAAUUGAAGAUUUAAAUGAAAACCUUUUAAAAUUGAGAGAAGCUCUUAAAACAAGUAAAAACAGAGAAAACUCACUAACUGAUAAUUUGAAUGACUUAAAUAAUGACCUACAAAGAAAACAAAAAGCCUAUAAUAAAAUACUUAGAGAAAAAGAUGGAAUUGAUCAAGAGAAUGAAGAACUCAAAAGACAAAUUAAAAGACUAACUACUGGGUUACAGAGCAAACCUCUGAUAGAUAAUAAACAGAGUUUAAUUGAGGAACUUCAAAAGAAAGUUAAAAAACUAGAAAGCCAACUGGAAAGAAAGGUGGAUGAGGUAGACGUAAAACCUAUGAAGGAAAAGAGUGCUAAAGAAGAAUUAAUUAGGUGGGAAGAAGGUAAAAAAUGGCAAACCAAAAUAGAGGGACUUCGAAACAAGUUAAAAGAGAAAGAAGGAGAAGUUUAUACUCUAACAAAGCAGUUAACUACUUUGAAGGAUCUUUUUGCCAAAGCUGACAAAGAGAAACAAACUUUGCAGAGGAAACUAAAAACAACUGGUAUGACUGUUGAUCAGGUUAUUGGAAUGCGAGCUUUGGAGUCAGAAAAAGAGUUGGAAGAAUUAAAAAAGAGAAAUCUUGACUUGGAAAAUGACAUACUGUGUAUGAGGAAUCAUCAGGCUCUUCCUCGAGAUUCUGUUGUUGAAGAUUUACGUUUACAAAAUAGAUACCUUCAAGAAAAACUUAAUGCUUUAGAAAAACAAUUUUCAAAGGAUGAAUAUUCUAAGCCUCCAACUUCUGGAAUAGAGUCAGGUGAUCAUUAUCAAAAAGAACAAGAGCUCCAAAGGGCAAACUUGAAAUUAUCAUCUGAAAAUAUUGAACUGAAAUUUCAGCUUGAGCAAGCAAAUAAAGAUUUGCCAAGACUAAGGAAUCAAGUAAGAGAUUUGAAGGAAAUGUGUGAAUUUUUUAAGAAAGAAAAAGCAGAGGUUGAGCGGAAACUUAGAGGGGCUGGUAGAAGUGGGAAGACAAUCCCAGAACUAGAAAAAACCAUUGGCUUAAUGAAAAAAGUAGUUGAAAAGGUUCAGAGAGAAAAUGAACAAUUGAAAAGAGCAUCAGAAAUAUUCACCAGUGAAAAAACCGCUAACAUUGAACAGGAAAAUGAGAAGUUAAAGUCUGAAUUAGAAAAAUUUAAAGUUCACCUUGGACGUCAGUUGAGCAUGCAGUAUGAAUCCAAGGCGAAAGGCACAGAAAAAGUUGUUGCUGAAAAUGAAAGACUUCGUAAAGAACUUAAAAAGGAAACUGAAGCUGCAGAGAAACUGCGGAUAGCCAAGAAUAAUUUAGAGAUAUUAAAUGAGAAGAUGAGAGUUCAACUAGAAGAGACUGGUAAAAGAUUACAAUUAGCAGAGUGUAGAGGUCCACAGCUUGAAGGUGCUGACAGCAAGAGCUGGAAAUCAAUUGUUGUUACAAGAAUGUAUGAAACUAAGCUGAAAGAAUUGGAAACUGAUACUGCCAAAAAGAAUCAAAGCAUUACUGACCUUAAACAGCUUAUAAGAGAAGCAGCAGAGAGAGAACAAAAAGUCAAGAAAUACACUGAAGACCUUGAACAACAGAUUGAAAUUCUCAAGCAUGUCCCUGACGAUGCUGAGUCAGAGGAAGGCCUUAAACGGGAGCUGCAGCUUCUUAGAUUAGCUUAUAGUCAACUGGAUAAAGAAAAAGUGGAAUUAAUGCAUCAGUUAGAAGUAAACAAGGACCAAAGUGGAGCUGAAAGCACCAUUCCUGAUGCUGUUCAACUAAAAGAAGCUAUAAAAGAUCUAGAGACACAGCUCAAAGUAUCAGAUCUAGAAAAGCAGCAUUUGAAGGAGGAAAUAAGAAAGCUGAAAAAAGAACUAGAAAAUGUUGAUCCUUCAUUUUUUGAAGAAAUUGAAGAUCUGAAGUAUAAUUACAAGGAAGAAGUGAAAAAAAAUAUUCUCUUGGAAGAAAAGUUUAAAAAACUUUCUGAACAGUUUGGAUUUGAAUUAACUAGCCCUGUUGCUGCUUCUGAACAGUCUGAAAAUGAAGAGGAAAGUCCCGUUAAUUUCCCCAUUUAUUAAGGGCCAUGUGUAACUGUAAUCUUAUUUAGCUAUUUUAUUUUAUAUGUUAAAAUUUCAUCUGGAAAUCAAGCAAGUCUGAACUGAAGAAUUUAUUUUGUGAUACCUCAUAUUUUUACUUGGAGUUU